ACAACUACCGGUUUUUACGACUGCUCCAUCGAUGUUUAUUUGCGUGCAAAGAGCUCCAAUAUUCUUCUCGUAAAUGCGUGUGGAAGCAGUUUCGCCUCGAUAGAAUCGCUUCUCAUGGCUAAGAGACGCGCGGGUGAGUCCUUAUUGGACCACUCUCCCACCAAACGAUGGAGGCGCGUGUGCGGUGUUGACGUGCAGCUGGAGAGCGUGGCUCCUCUCGAGGCUUUGGAUCCACCGUCCCUGUUGGUUCUGAUGGGCGGGCGACGGAGAAAGCGACCACAUUACUUUGUGGAACCUGAGCAGCCAGACGAACCGUGGAAGCAUCCAAGGGCCACGCACUUGCCUUCUGCAGGGGAGCCCCAGUCCGAUGCCUUUUCUUCCGCACAUUUCCAAACCCAGGCACCGGCUAACUCCAAGAAAAGACCGAGAGAAGAGUCGGUGUGUGCAAAGGAAGGAGCCCGGCCAGAGGAACCAGCAGAUGCAGACUAUGUCCCUGAAGACUACAACUCCUUUCAGUACUGGAGGACUCCGCUGCCAGAACUUGACCUCUCUCUUCUCGAAGACACUACUGAAAAGACAGGAGCAAACCAAGAGACUAAAUACAACCCCCCUUCCACUGAUGCCGUAAAAGCAACUUGAAGAUAUUUGGAGGCCUAUCAAGUCGAUGUAGUUGCCCUUAUCCAUGCAGGUUGUUGUCAGGAUUGUUGACCGAACGUUUUCAUGCGUGAAACAACCUUUGCUCCAUUCUGGGAGAGGUUCCACAAAACAGAGGAGUUUGUUUCUUUGCUCGAAGACAAUCUGGACUGUUGCCGAGUUGGAACGUCACCCUACUUCAGUGGAAGUGUAUUUUUGCAGGAAUGCACUGUUGGAGAGCAGCCUCUUUGAUUGGCUUAUCUCUUGCUUCUUAUUGUCACAAAAAACCUCUG